AUGUCGUUCGCGCCACCGCCGCCCGCCAACAGCACAUGCGGGGGGGGCGAUGGGGGCGGGGCGGGCGGGGCGGGCGCGGCGUGGGGGCUGCAGUACCUGUGGAACGUCAGCGCGCCGGCCGGCGUGUGCUGCGUGGCGCUCUUCGCCGCCGUCAAGCUGCGCGCCGAUCACCGCCUGCCGUCCGCGCGCCACGCGUGGCGCAAGCUGCGCGCGGUGUGGCACGUGACGGACGCGCAGAUCGUCACGCUGUGCGGAGCGGACGCCGCCGACUACCUCAUCCUGCUCGUGCGCCUUCGCCCCCCGCACUCGCGCUGCACGUGUGCGCUCAUCGCGGCGCUGCUGGUGCCGGCGAUGGCGCUGCUGUUCCCGGCCAACGUGCGCGGAGCGGACUCCGCGGUGUGUGACUACCUGGCGGCCGCCACCAUCGCGCACGUCGCGCCCGCCGCGCCCGCGCUCUGGCUGCACGCGCUCUUCGCGCUCCUGCUGCCCCCCGCCAUGCACCUCGCCAUCCGCGCCUUCCGCCGCCAGCGCGUGCGCGCCAGGGCGGCAGCGCAGGGCAGGGAGGGGGGCACAGGCAGCGCAGGGGGGUCGGGAAGGGCGUGGGGUGGGGGGGGAAGCAGAGAUGGGGAGAGUCCGCGGGAAGGGUAUGCGGCUCUGCACUGCGUUGCCCGCCAUGGCGCUGCUGCUGCUGGCGCCAGUGGCGCUGAUGGCGCGGAUGGCGAUGGCGAUGAUGACGUGGACAUGACAGCGCAUGACGUGGCAGAGUACACCAUUCUCAUUCGCGGAGUUCCUAGAGGCCUGUCAGCCUGCCCCCAGCUACUGUUGGAGUACUGGGACCGCCUAUAUCCAGGGAGGGUGGCAAGGGUGCUGCAGCCGCCAGACGUGGCGGCAGCGCUGGCAGCCAGGCGGCGCGUGGCAGCGCUCUCAGCCCGCCUCGCCCAGGCACAUGCCAGGGCCGCUCUGCAGGGCACCGCAGGUAUGGAGACAGGUGCCGGCGCAGGGCCGCAAGCACAGGUGCAUGGAAAUGGUGGUUCUGACGUGACAUCUGUGCAUGAGCCUCUCAUUGCUUGGAGUGGCCGGCAGGGUCCAGCUGGCAUGCAGGGGAUGGGAGGGGAGAUGGAGGAAGGGGAAGAGGAGGAGGGAGGGAGAGGGGGGCAUGGCACUGGCACGGAUGGGCCCGUGGCGUCGUCUCUCCUCGCCUGCUUCCGUCUCUUCCUGCCGCCCCACGCCGCCCGCUCUGCAGUGCACUGCCUCUGCCUUUCCCCUCUCACCGCACUGCACUCGCUCUUCCUUUCCCUCUCCCACCUCCUCGCCCCCCUGGGGCUUCUCCUCCCCCUCACGUCCCCCGCCUGGCUGUGGGGCAUGGGGGUGAGCGACUGGGGGGAGGAGGCGCGGAGGCUGGAGGAGCAGGUGCGCAGAGCGGAGGGGGAGGCGCAGCUGUUGCGGAGGGGCAGGGGGGGCGGGGCGGGGGUGGCGCUGGUGGUGUUCCGCGAUGCCUACACGGCCACACGGGCUUUAAGAGACGCCCUGUGGGCCUCCCCCAGGUGGCGCCUGGCCCCCCUCGCCACCGCCUCCUGGCGUGUAGAGCGGGCGCCGCCCGCUGCCAGCAUCAUCUGGCGUAACGUGGGCGGCAGCCGGGCGGCGAGGCGUGUCCGCACAUGGGUGGUGAAUGUGGUUGUGGUGGUGGCACUGUGUGCGUGGUCGUGCCCGCUCGCCCUGCUCUCCGCCGUCUCGUCUGCUGCCCACACUGCUGAUACUGCUGCCCUCUCCCACCUCAACGCCUGGCUCUCAUGGGCGCGCAGCAACAGCGGCAAGGCAGCGGUGGUGCUGCAGUUUCUGCCCAACGUGCUCUCAUUCACGGCCAUGUACGGCGUCAUGCCCGCAGCACUGCACCGCCUCGUGCUGUUUGAGGGCCACAUCACCACGUCGCGCCAGCAGGCGGCACUGCUGCUCAAGCUCACCGCACUCUACCUCUUCAACCUCUACGUGCUCAAGGCACUGCUGGAGGCGCUGCUGCAGGCGGCACUGCUGCACGCACAGCGCUGCUCGCUGCUCUCCUCUCACUGCCCCACGGUGCUGCACUGGCUCAACGCCUCGCUCAUCCCGGCCUCCUCGCUCUCUGCGCUCUGCUUCCUCCUCACCUCCGCGCUGCUCGGUGUCUCCUUUGACCUCCUCGCACCCCUCGCCUGGCUCGCCCCCCGCCUGCACCGCCUGCGCCUCUCCCUGCGCCUUGCACUGCAGCGCCUGCUGCUCUCAGUGCAGCGCUUCUCACAGCACUGGCGCCGCAUUGCAAGGGCUGGAAGUGUAGGGGUUGGGGCGGGAGCAGGCAGAGAGGGUGUGGGGCUGGGGAAUGUGGGCAGUGGAUUGGACGUGCUGGGAGGUUGGGUGAGAGAAGUGGUGGCGGGGAGGGAGCAAGUGGGAGGAGUUGGAGUGGUGCAGAGCGGUGCUUAUGUGCCCCUGCCAGGUGAUGCUGUUGAGGAUCGUUGUGGGGAUGGUGAUCCUGAGACACGUGGCGGACAGCCAUUGGAUGACAUGGCUGAAGGUGGCAACCGGGCGAGUGAUGAUGAGGAGGGAGGGAGUGAGGGAGAGAGUGUGUGCAGCAGUGAGAGUGACCUUGGUUUGCUCUCUCUGCUCGAAGAGGCAGAAGCAGAGGCAGCAACUCACUCCCACCUCCUCUCCCCUUCCUCUCUCACCGCUCUCCUUUCACCCGCCUCACCCACCACCACACACACACCCUUGCCCCCACCCUCCACCCACCCACCCCCCUGCACGCCCCUCGACGCCUUCCCUCCGGCCCCUGGUGCGUGCAUACCGGACCCCACAGCAGCAGCAGCAGAACCAGGUGGCACGGGAGCAUCGCCACAACCGUCAGCAUCUACACCCCCCACACCAGAGGCACCACCACCAGGGGUGGAGGCACCAGUAGCAGGGGCAGGGGCACAAGAGCCUUGGAGGAAGCGGCGGGGCGUGCUGCAGUUUGACUAUGCGCAGUACUACGCAUACAACACCACGGCGCUCUGCCUGCUGCUCUUCCAUGCGCCCCUGGCCCCCCUCGUGCUGCCGGCCGGGCUGCUCUUCUUCUCCUACCGCCUCAUCGUCGACAAAUACAACUACCUCUUCCUCUACCGCGCACGACCGCACCACCACCACUCCCACCACGUGGCACCGCACUCAACCGCAUCGCACUCGUCCCCCGCAGCCUCGCUGCUGCCCCCUUCAGGCCCGCAACUGGUGUCAGAUGGGCGGCUGGUGAGAGCAGCAGUGGGGGUGCUGCGCAUGAGUGUGUGUGCCACCCUUGCCGCCCUCGCUGCAUUACUUGCCUUCAAAGGUGAUCCCGAUAGGCUGCAGGCCGUGCUGCUAGGGUCGGUAUCGGUUGUCCUUUCUGUGAUGUAUGGCAUAGAGGCUCUAGUGCGAGUGCCAGGGAAGGCACGAGUGGUGGUGGGUGCGCAUAGGCAUGGUGGUAACCACGUGUUGCCGGAGAGACUGGUGAAUAGGCCAACUGCUUAUGAGGUGUGUUGGCAACAAGUAUUGAAUGAAGAGCAGUGA